AUGUCUUCCAGACGUAGUCAUCGCAAGUCGCGCACAGGCUGUUAUCAAUGCAAACGACGUCGAAUAAAGUGUGAUGAAUCGCCAGCACCCUGUGGAAACUGUCGAAAACACAAUGUUUUUGACUGCCAGUUUCCGAACCAGCCUCCAAAUCCAUAUUAUGCUUCAUUCGUUCCAUUACCUUCCACCCAAGCCGAAACUACCAGCGAUUCGCCGGCCGCAGCUAUUGCUCCGGUAGGUCCAGCCAGUGGCCCAACGGAUACCCCUAUAACUCCUGCCGCCAGCGCUCCGAGGCAUACUCCAACACUCCCUCCAACGACCACUGCCUCAAAUCAAUUUCGAACAAUUGCUCCUUCCGCGACCCAACUUCCGGCUAUCCUAAACCAAGGUCCUCCUCCAAGUCCGGCUUGGACUUCCCGAAUAGAACGACAUAGUAUUUUCUCCUCAGUUCCUGAUCGCUUCCAGGAAGACAAGAGUUUGAACUUAGAAGAUCUAGAACUACUUCACCACUACACGACAAAAACAUACCAAACACUGUCCAAUAAUAACGAGCAUGAGGACAUUUGGAAGAACGUAAUACCUGGAGAAGCUAUAAAACACCCGUUCCUGAUGCAUGGGCUAUUAGCCCUGGCCGCCCUUCACAUAAUCGAGUGCCACGAUCCUGACGACGAAGAAAGUCGCCGGAAGUACUCUGCACUAGCAAACAAGCAUCAAAACCUAGCACUAGCUACCUUUCGCCCUGAAUUGAACAACAUAACACCUCUAAAUUGCCACGCAGUCUUCGCCUUUUCAAGUCUUAUCGCGGCACUUGCGUUUGCGUUUUCGAGAUCAGAACGUUGCUCUAAUCCCGCAGAUUACAUUGAGCAAGCUGUUCAAGACUUCUAUCUUUUCCGUGGUGUCGAUAAGGUCCUUCACACCCAGUGGACUCGCAUCAUCAAGGGUAAACUAGGUGCUCUUGUCCGUCGUCCUGCUGACUCAAGCGCCGCCUACCCGCUUUCCAAAGACGUUAUAGAUACUCUCGACUAUCUCCAUAGCUGCAAUGGCGAAACGGCAGGUCACAUUCCUGCCGAGGAAAGAGCUAUAUAUAACCAUGCAAUCCGCGAAUUAAGGAUGUCUUUUGAACGGACCCCAUCAAGUUGGGAAGGUGUUUUCAGAUGGCCCAUGGUUGUCCCCGAACCAUAUCUGGGAUUACUUCAUACUCGAAAGCCCAUGGCCUUAGUGAUACUAGGUCAUUACUGUGUAAUAUUAAGUCGGCUUGAUAUGUGCUGGUGGUCUGAAGGCUGGAGCCGGCACUUGUUUGAAGCUAUUUAUAAGUCAUUGCAUCCUUCCUGGCGCACGUUGGUCCAGUGGCCUAUGCAAAUGAUUGGUUUAUCGGAGUCGCUUGCCCAUGUUCCUUGA